UCAAUUCCAAUUUUCUAUUUGUUUACGUUUGCGAACCAAAGUUAAAAUUGAAAAAAUAAAUGUGUAAAGUUGUUACAAAAAGCAUAUCAUAAUAUCGGUUAAUUUAUAAUUAACACAAGUAAAUAACUAAAAUGGAAAAUCUGAAAAAUAUUUGGAAACCAGAAUUAUACCGUAUUCAAUUAGAAGCACCAGCGCCUAAACGAUUAAUUUGUGAAAAUUGUGAGGACCGUCCUGAAUUUUAUGGUAAAGAGUACCAUGGUAUUAUAGGACAUAAGGAGGCAUCGCUUUUACUCGAGAAUGAGCCCAACGGAGCGUUCCUAAUUAGAAAAGGCAAUCAGCACAAUGAAUUCUAUACUUUAACUUGGAGAUUCAAUGAUAAAAUCCAUCACUACAAGCUUUAUUAUGAUGGAACACAUUAUAUUAAAGAUAAAAGAUAUGACACUAUAUAUGACCUGGUAGCUGAUGGCUUGAUAACAUGUCACAUGGAAAUCAAAGCUCACCAUAUUCUUGAGAUGAUAAAUUCUAGAACAAGUUACACCGAUAGCCCUUAUGUCACACUAAAUAGACGGAAGAUGAAUACAUUGUCACAGAUGCAUAAAGCAUCAAAUAGAUCAAGUCCAAUCAUUAAUAGAUUGGAUGCAACACAGUCUGAUGUUACUGUGAAAAAGUUGAACUAUGAUCUCACACCAACUAUAGAAGAUAUUCCAUUAUUGUACAAAUACUCUAAGUCACACACAUUCAAAGUUCACACAUUUAAAGGACUUAAUUGGUGCGAAUUGUGUGCAAACUUCCUAUGGGGUUUUACUGCUCAGGGUGUAAAAUGUGAAGAUUGUGGCUUCAUAGCACAUUCGAAAUGUUCGGAGCGAGUUCCCAACCAUUGUCUGCCAGACUUGAAGAAGCUCCGCGGUGUGUUCGGUAUUGAUUUGACGACGUUACUGAACGCUCACUCCAGUACUUUACCUUUUGUCGUACGAAAAUGUGUGAAUGAAAUUGAAGCCCGAGGCAUGGACUCGGAGGGUAUUUACCGUGUGUCCGGAUUUGCUGAUGAGAUUGAAGCAUUGAAAAUGGCCUUUGAUAAGGAUGGCGAAGCGACGGAUUUAAGUGUUUACAGUAAUAUAAAUGUGAUAGCAGGUACUCUAAAAUUAUAUCUCCGAUUACUUCCUGUGCCGCUCAUUACGUACGAGGUGCAUCCCAAGCUCGUAAGUGCCAUACAAAUGAAGACAACGAGUCUUCAAGUGACGAUGCUCCGGGAGUGCUUGGACCUGCUGCCGCCAGCGCAUUUCAACUGCCUGCAGUACAUGGUCCAGCAUUUACAUCGCGUGUGUCAACUAGCGGAGGUGAAUAAAAUGAGUGCACACAACUUGAGCACGGUGUUCGCGCCCACUCUAGUAGCUACUCCACAGGCCAUUUCUGACUUAGCGUCAGAGAUACGAGCGCUGCAGACUCUCAUAGAGUAUUGUCCACAGAUAUACUACGGAAAUAAGUAAAUACAGUCGGUUCUAGCAUUAGCGGAGCCCUGGGUACCCCUUAACUGCAAUAUAAAAGCCUGGACGUCCUUAUAUGCGCGAUUUACACUUGGCUAGUACAGUUGGUCAGUAACACUCCGAUGGGACAGUCAAUUAACUGGCAGAGUGUGAAUGCUAAUAGGCCAAUGAGUGUCUCUUGCCGUCGACUGUCCAACUGUUCUGGCCAAGUGUGAACGGGGUAUUAUGUCGCUUUUGGCGUCUAUUUAUGUUAAAUGUAUGGAACAUGGCCAUCGUUGCAUUAUUUUAUAUUUUUAAAGGAAAUGUCUUCACUCUGUGGUAAUUAUGAGAUUUACAUACUUCAGAGUAUCAUGAGAAUAGUUUUUUUGGAAUAUAAGUA